AUGUCCAACCAGUAUCAAUCGGACGCCCCUGAAGCAUUCUUCUCACCUCUAGACUUCGGCGCAGAAACUUCAGACAAACCUGCCGUUAUCAUCUCUACAUUCAUUUCUACCUCCAAUUGUCCAGCAGCUUCACCACAACUACCAACCGCAUCGCACGGCGACGCAUCAACACCGUCUUCCUCUAUCUCUGCCUACAUGCAAACUGACAAGGGAAUUCACUAUAAGGACGAAGGAGAAAAGGACAAGAAUGGUAGUGUGAUCACCGCUACGAAAGAACCAUGUGUAGAAUGUAGCGGCAAGGUAGUUUGGGCAACAAAGGGGCAGUGGUUGAUGAUACUCAUCCCAUCUGAGGUCAGCGACGAACUCAAAGUUGGUGGCGCAACGCCCGGGCCCAAGAACAAGUCCCGUGGACUUCUAAUCCUCACCGAUCAGGAAGUAUAG